AUGUCUCCAGAGUUAUAUAAAGAACGUUCUCUCCUGGUUCUUUUCCUGGACUUAUAAGGUCCAAGAUUAGAAUGUGACUUGUCUUUUCUUACAAAGAACAAAGCAGUCUCUUUCCACAACACAAGUAGGAUUAAUCCGUUUUCUGCCUUCUACCAAAUCAUCAAAACACAGAGACCCAAAACACCCCUCCUUCGAAAAAAUGUCCGAUCAAGAAAAGAACAAUUCCAUCCAAGACAUCAUCAGAUCCAACGAAUCGCUAUCCUCCAUAGACCCCACAGCAGACAAGAAACUCCUCCGGAAAUGCGAUCUACACAUCUUACCGGUUCUGAUGCUGCUUUACUUGAUGUCGUUUAUGGAUAGGAUUAAUAUCGGAAACGCAAAACUCCAAGGCCUCGAAAAGGAUCUAAACAUGUUCGGAAACGAUUACAAUAUCGCAUUAUUCGUAUUUUUCAUCCCGUAUAUCCUGUGCGAAGUCCCUAGUAAUCUCAUCCUGAAGAAGGUGGCUCCGUCGAGUUGGCUUAGUGGUAUUAUGUUCGCGUGGGGUGUCAUUACGAUCUGUCAGGGUGUUACGAAAAGCUUUGGUGGUCUGGUCGCUUGUCGAUUCUUACUUGGUGUUUCUGAAGCUGGGUUUGUGCCAGGAUGCAUGUACUUCAUCUCCAUGUACUACAAGCGUUACGAACUACAAUGGCGAAUGAACCUCUUUUUCUCAUCAAGUAUCAUGGCUGGAGCGGUUAGCGGACUCCUAGCCUACGCAAUCGCAAACAACAUGACAGGAAUAAUAAUAAUAAUAGGAGGAGGAGGAGGAGGAUACAAUAAUGGCUGGCGCUGGAUCUUCAUCAUUGAAGGUCUCGCUACAGUUGUUAUUGCUAUAGUUGCCAAAUUUCUCAUCCCCGACUGGCCGGAGAGUGCAAAGUUCUUGGACAGUGAUGAACGUGCUCUGUUGAUUCGUCGUUUGGCUUCUGAUCAUGGUGGAGGAGUAGCGAUUAUGAAUCGACUUGAUAAGAGCGCUGCUAGGAGGGUUUUUUUGGAUGGGAAGAUUUAUCUGGGAACAAUCAUGUACCUCGGCGUCCUCAACACCGGCUACUCAACCUCAUUCUUCACCCCCACCAUCCUCAAACAACUAGGCUGGACAUCCGUCCGGGCCCAAGUAAUGAGCAUCCCCAUCUACAUCGCCGCCACAAUCACAUCCCUCUGCAGCGCCCUCGCAUCAGAUAAACUCCACCACCGCUUCCUCUUCACCAUACUCGGAUGCAUAAUCGCCACUAUCGGAUACAGUAUUCUUCUCUGCCAAGUAUCUGUUCCCGUGGGAGUUCGCUAUUUUGCCAUCUACGCCAUCACGGCGGGUGGGUAUAUGACUCAGCCUAUUGUGAUGGGUUGGUUGAGUAAUAAUGUAAGUGGGCAUUAUAAACGGUCUAUUGCGUCGGGGGUUCAGAUUGGGUUUGGGAAUUGUGGUGGGUUGAUUGCGAGUAAUGUUUAUCUGGCUGGGGAGGCGCCGACGUAUCGUACGGGGUUUGGGGUUAGUUUGGGGUUGGUUUGGGUUAGUGGUUUUGCUUGUGUGGUGUUCUUUUUGUAUGUGGUUCGUGAGAAUCGUCUUAGGAGGGAAGGGAAGAGGGAUUAUCGAUAUGGUCUUCCUAGGGAAGAGUUGGAGAAUCUGGGCGAUGAUCAUCCUAGUUUCCGGUUUGCGUACUGAUAGGUCUUCUUGGGUCUUUCGCGUUAUUCGUUUAUUUACUUGUUUAUCGCAAAAACAUGCGUUGUUUUUUCUUCUUUUUUCAUUGGCCUUUCGGAGUCGAUCAUUGAUGAUCGUACGUAGUAACUUAG